GCGUCGCCCAUCCAUCCAGGAAGGAGGAUUUUCGCAGCCUUUAAAUAAACCACCUCCAACGCCCUCCAAAAUGUGCGACGAGGAAGACAGGACCGUGUGGGUGGGCAACCUGGAUUCCGAACAAGUAACAGAGGAUAUCCUGUUCGAAUUGUUUUUGCAGGCAGGACCCUUGCAGUAUGUCAGGAUAGCUAAGGACAGAGCAACUGGAAUGUACAAAAACUUUGCAUUUAUUAUUUAUCGUGAUCCGGUGUCUGUUCCUUAUGCAAUUGAGUUGAUGAAUGGAAUUCCUCUUUUCAAUCGUAACAUGAAAGUUCAGAAUAGGGGCUUGCAAGAGUUACAACAGAGAGGACUUGCACCUGGACCUGGUGGGAUACAUACUCUGGAUCCCAGCUUAUUAAAUAAUAGUCCUCAGGCUCCUCAGCAGAAUUACCCAUCAGUGCAAGCACAGAGUUGUGGCCAACAGCAGUCUCUCUUAGGCCCUGGCCCAGGUAUUCCAGCAGCGCUACAAGGUCGAGUUCCACAGCAUAUCAUGGCAUUAGCACAACAGCAGAUAGCUUUGUUGCAGGCACAGCAGCCUUGUCUUUUAUCAGCCAGUCCUCUGCUCAAUGCUCCAGGCAUGCGUACAUCAGAUCGACUUGGCUCCAUGAAUUAUGGCAUGUAUGGUCAGGGACAUCGAGGCCGUAACAUGCAGGAUAAUAUGCGAGGGAGUGGGUCAAGAACUAAUGACUCACCACACAAUCAGCAUUGGAACAGAGGACAUUACGAUAAUAGGGACAGAAAUAGAUCCUUAGAUGACCGUCAUAACCGUCAUCAUGAAGACAGAAACAGAUAUGGAAGGUCCUUGGAUGAUCACCAGAGUUCCCGUCAUAAUCAGAGAAGUGGCGGACAGAAAUAUGUUGAUAAUGAUGCAAUGAAGAUGCUGAAAGGGCAGCAGAAUAGAGAAGACAGUAUUUCUCAAAAUUCCAACAUGCUUGCUCAGUUACAGCAACAGCAAGGUCGUUUUGACUACAGUAGGUUAGGAUCAAAGAAUGAUUCUUACAUGAGACCAAAUGGACACAGUCAUGACAACCAAAGAUCGAGGGAUCAUUAUCACAGCCGGUCUCAUGGAAAUGACGACAGGUCUAGCGGUAGGUAUGAUCCAUAUAGAAGUUCCAGACGUUAAUGCCAUUGUGCCUACAAUAUUGUCAAAUGCCAGUUUGGUACUUUUUUUUAUGUUUUUGUUUCAGAAGAAUAACCUACCUAUGUACCUGUGUAUAUAAAUUGCUGGAGGUUAUUAGAUGAAUAUUUAUGGCAAAUUUAGUGUUCUCUGGCAUUUUUAUCGAAAGAUUUGAAUAUGAAUUUUUAUAUUUGGGUAAAGGUAACAGACCUAGAUUUGUUUUGUCAUCCAUGUGGUUUUAAUGGAUACAGUAUUUCCUUUGUGAAGUAUUUAAAUAAUGGAAACUGCAAUAUUUGUAUCAUGUCUCUUUUCUUUUCAUUUUUGUCUUCAACAUUAUGAUUUUUAGCUGGUGAAUUUUCCAUUUACUUAGUCUUAGAUUUAUUGCAUCGUUGUCUUCAGAUAAAGAGAGACUGUGAUUGUGAAUGUUUGUGAAUAUGCAUGUGGGUGUGAAAGCAUGUGUGCAAGUUUGUGUAAGUGCGUUUAAGGACUGAACUUGUGUGCACAUCUACACAAAUGUAGAUAUGUUAAUUUUCAUGAGUGCACACAUUUUCUUUCAUACUCUCCCUCACUUUUCCUUCUCUUACACCAACUUUAGAGUAAUAUCUCAUAUCUAGUUGCAUCGGCAUCAAUAGGAAUAUGAAUAAAAAAAAUAUAUAUAUAAAAAUAUAAAAGGGGGUAUUGAUGCUUGGUGUAUGUAGCAUGGGUGGUGAAGAAAAUAUGUGUAUUCUUAUCAUUGUAUAGGCAUGUAAUCCCAGUUUUAUUUUACACUUUUUUCUCUCUCUCUCUCAUUUAUUUUUUUUACACAUGAAAUAAUGCUCUGUAAAAAAAAUUGAGAUUUUCAGCUUACAUAGUUCUGAUGUACAUUCUUUAUUGACGUGUUCAUUAUUUGUAGAAUCCAGUUUGUUACCACUUAUCUGUAAAGAAAUAUUAUGUAUUAACCUCAUUCAGAUUUAGAUUUGUAAUUUUGAAUAAGUACUAGAGUGAAUUAGUUGUGGUUUUGAUGGUAACCUUAUCAAGUGGAGAAAACCUGUGGGUUUCAUAUAUUUGAAUGCAUUAUAUGCACUUUAGACAUAUGUGAAAGUAAUCCUUGCAGUGCGAGUGAGAGAGUGAGUGAGUGAGUGACAGAGAGAGAGAAUGAAUAAAUGAGUGAGUGAGUGAUUGUAAAAACACAUUGUAUUCAGCAUGGCAAUGCAUAUGUCUACACUGUUAUAAAUGAAACAAAGUAAAACGACAGAGGAAAAACAAUGCCGACAUUACAGAUAUAAUAGAGAAAAUGUCAGCUUGUUCUGCAGCUUUACAUUACAACUUUAUUAUUAAUUAUUAUACUUCUUUGUGUCUCUUCUGAUUGAUUCCUUUAGCAUUCCUUUCAUUUUGAGGAAAUACUGUGAAAACUGUGCUAGUGCAAUAAGUAGCAAACUGAACAACUUGCUGGCAGAUCCUAAACAGUGAAAUGUAGAAAAGUAAAAAAUACAUUCAAUGAAAAUUUAAAACUUAAUUUUAUAUAUAUAUAUUUUCUGAUCCAGUUGUUUUUCUUAGAAAUGUGAAAGUAAGUUUGACAGAUGGUUUGACUUGGAGGAUGUUUCAGCAAUAGUAAACUUCUUAUCCAUGUUUUAUUUGUUGUAAAUACAGUUUAAGGGACAUUAAACUAUGAACACAA